GUUCUGUGUACAUAAUACUCAUCGUCCCUCUACCCCUUUAUCGUUUUCCUUCUUCCCACGGCUUUUCUUCCCGUUGGACCAUGUUUUCUGACCUCCUGGUGCUAUAUCAAUUGUUCCAGCACAAGACAAACUCGUGAGCAUUCAUCCAAUCGACUGCUCAUCAUUCAUAAUUCCCCACAAUACGCUUGCAUAUCAUUGCAUAUUGUCGGCGCGCCGCAUCAGCCAAUCCAUCCACUUUCCUUCGAAUAAGCAAGCUCUUUCCUCUCACGUCAAGGCCAUCAUUAUGCCUGGUCGACUUCUUGGCUUCCGCCGAGCCUCACCCGCUCCAUCCGUGGAUCCUUCCGCCCCCAAAAGAGAUUCAUUCCACUCACAGAUUUCCGCAUCCGGAAGGAGGCGAUCCACUUCGCUGGCUCGUAAACAAAAGAGCAAACCCAAUCCAAAGGUCGAUGUUCUGGCUCUUGCUUUUGGUCGUCGAUACAGUCAGGACGCGAAGAUGACGAACAAAUCUCCACCUGCGGUUCAGGAACCAGGAGGACCUGCCAAAUUAGACAUGCUCGUUGAAUCGCCACCACUUGUGCUCUUUAAUCAACCUCAAGAUUCGACGGGUGCCUUAUUCAGUGGCCUAUUGAAGAUCGACGUGAGAACUGAGCGAGUCGUAGUGGAGUCUUUUAGCGCUAGAUUCGUCCAGAAGAUCACAACCAAGAAACCCGUUGGGGAGAGGUGCUCACAGUGUGCCAAUCACACAAAAGACCUCAAGACCUGGGACUUUCUGGCAGAGCCUGUUCAUGGAACCUCAUCUCUGACAUUGGACCGUGGCGAACACAAAGUUCCUCUCAGCUACUUGCUUGAUGGCAAGCUACCAGCUACGACUCGUGGCAUAGACAUGGUCUUGGAUUACCAUAUCAUUGCCGAGGCUGUUCUCAAUACCGGUGAUGUUCUGUCCUAUACUAGAACGAUCGACGUCAAACGUGCCAUCAUCCCUGGUAUCGACAAGCAUUCUGUAAGAAUCUUUCCUCCGACCAACUUGACCUGUCAGGUGACUCUUCCACCUGUGGUCUACCCGAUAGGCGAAUUCAAGAUCGCCAUGCGCAUGGCUGGUACUACCAAUCGCAAGGCUGACUGCAUCCUCUCCUGGAGGCUUCAACGCCUGCUAUGGCGCAUCGAAGAAACACAAAAGACUGUCUCUCCAGCCUGCCAGAAGCACCAACACAAGCUCGCGACCCAGGAGGAUGGCACGCCCAGCGACGGUCAGCCACACGUACACACCCGGGACAUCGGAGACGGCGAGCUGAAGACUGGCUGGAAGACAUGCAUCGAUGACAACAUCGAGAUUGAAAUCCCGUGCCACGUCAACUCGGCCACUAGACCCGUUUGCAACAUGAGCGGACCUCAUGGCAUGAGUGUAAAGCACCAGCUCAUCGUCGAAAUGGUAGUUGCCGAGCAGUGGAGUUCGAAAAAGAAGCCCCAGCAAACCACUCCGACGGGUUCUGCUAGAAUCCUCAGGACCCAAUUCGGAUUAGUCCUUACCGAACGAAGCGGCAUGGGCAUUGCUUGGGACGAUGAGGCACCUCCAGUGUACGAUGACGUUCCAGCGAGCCCACCCACUUACCGCGUCGCGACCGCUGAAGAUAUCAGCGAUAUCGAAGCCACAACCAGCUUCGAAAGUCUCCGUCUUUCAGAAUGAGCAUAUCAUCAGCAAAUUCAUCAUAUCAGCAUUUGGCCACGGCGCAAUAUCCUUCGACCGUUUAUUCCAGCAUCGGCGUUCAUCUGACACAUUUUUAUCAGCAAUUGGCGAGACGGGGCACUCUCAACUUUUUUUUCCAUCAGCUCGGACGCAACGGGCAAAAAGCAAAUCUCGAGGACGCGGUGGAUAUACCCCUGGAAGCUCUCCGACACGUUGUCAAGGCUUUGGUCGCCGAAUAUUCCAAAAAAGCAUGGCACACUACAAGCAUGCGC